GUUUAAAGCUCGAUUCAUAUUUUUUUUCGUACCUUAUAAAUAUUAUAAAGACGAACGAUAUUAAAACAUUCGUAAUUUAUUUUGUAGAUUUUGUAAUAAAUACAUGAAUCUGAUAAUAUAAACUUCUGAAAUAUUCAUUUUAAGAAGCUUAUCUUCGUACUAUAAUAUGAAACGAGUAGAUGACAGGAAAGAUGCGCCGAAGGUCGUAUACCUGCAUACGAAAAAUGGCGCAAAAGCACGGUACGUGGUCUUGGUAGAAACAGUAUUGACGAUAUUUACGUUCGAAGAACGAUUAGUUAAAUUAAACAUGAUGCGGUGUUCAUUGUGUUAUCAGAAAUACGUAAUUGUUAAGAGUUAAAAGGAAUGUAGGUGUGGAAAGAUGAUGGUAAUGGAUCAGAUAUUACCAGUUGAUCAAUAAAAUACUGGUUUAUGAAGAAAUAAUAGGAAUCAUGUUCUUUAUCACUUAGAUUAUUAGUUGUCAUUUUUAUGAUGGAUGCAAGUUCUGUGGAGGAUAAUGAUGUAUCUUUUCGUUUGGGGGAGAUGUUUGACAGUUACGAAGAGUUGGAACAUAAAUUGGAGAAAUUUUCAAAACGUAGUCUUGUGCAUUACUGGAGAAGAGACAGUAGAACAGUUAGCGGUGCUCAUAUGAAAACUGCAAGACCUAUUAGCGAACGUUUAAAAUAUUAUUCGGUGAAAUACGCGUGCAUCUAUGGUGGUCAAAAGUUUCUUCCACGUGGUGCUGGCAGGAGACAAUCUCAAUCAAUUAGGACCAAUUGUCCAGCACACAUUAUGCUUAGAGCAUCGAAAGAUGGAACAAAAUUGGAAGUAACUAGUGUUAAUAACGAACAUAAUCACGAAAUUUCAGAGGAAUUAUUCAAGAAUUUGCCACAAGAGAGAAAACUUUGUGGUGAAAUCAAACAAGAAGUACAAGACCUCAUGCAAUUGCAUAUAGAUCGUAAAAGAUUAAAAGAAUAUGUACGUUUACGUACGAAUAAAAUAUUACGUUCGAAAGAUUUAUUUAAUAUAGCUGCAGCUAAUAAGCAAAAAAAAGACAUUACGCCUGAAAGAGCAUAUCAAUUAUUUAAAAAAAUACACGAUAUUGAAAAAAUGCAAGGUGUGCAUGGCGAAAGAAAAUUAUAUUCCGAGUCAGAAGAUGAAAUUGCACAAACGAUAAAAAGAAUGAAAAAAGAACAGGAGUCAGCUUGGGGUCAGGAUGGUCUAUCACCUGAAUUAGAAGUGAGUGAAGGAAAUGAUGGUGACGAUUCGUAUGGCGGUCAAUUGACUCAAGAAGAAGUAGUAGAUGAAAUGGAUGCAACAGAGGGUAAAUUGUUGAGAACAAAUAAUGAGGGUGAUAUAAUAACAACAAAUGGAGAGAUAGUAGGAGAAUUAGUAAUGGAAGAUGGAGAUCCAUCGGUAAUAGUCGAGUCUAUUGUCAACGCGGAUGGUUCUGUUUUUGUUGAUGAACGAGAUUUUAAUACAUAUUGCAGUAAUCAUUUGUCACAUACGGUCGAUGAUAGUCAAUCUCCUAAUUCUCAAGUUUUAGAUAUAGAUGCUAUAACAUCUUCAACAAAUAUAGAGAAAAUGACAAAAGAUCCUACAUCUAGUCAUAAAAUACAAAAUAGAUCCUUAACGUCGCAACCACAGCAAACAUCGAAAUCAGCCAAUGAUUUUAACGAAACUGCGGAUUCGAGGAUUUGGAUUAUGAAGGAGGCAACGUCUAUGGAAGCAGAAGUAGAUAGCAGUCCUGAAAGUGAAACAAAUGGAUCCAAAUGUGCUGCUAUUAUAAAAGGAGAUAUCGAUACCAACGAUGUGGUAUUAACGGAUGAGGCUAGUCAUCAAUUGUUGCAAGAACAAUUAGCUGUACUUCGUGCGGAAAGAGGAAAGUUACAUCAUGAGACUGAAAUGUUAAAACUUAAAAAAGACAAAUUAAAACUACAAAUUAAUUGUUAUACAAAUGAGUUAAAAAAGCAGGAGAUGGAGAAAGAGAAAUUAAGAUUGGAAAUUAAAUUACUUCAAUCUAAAGUAAUGGAAGAUAGUAAUGAUGUGUCUCAUUAUAUUUUUGUGCCUUGAUUGUUGAGAAAUAGGUUAAUUUACUGAUAGGAUAAAUAAGGGAUAUUAGGGCGCACAAGUUAGUAUACUAAGAAGAUUACAUCUUAUUUAAUAUUGGAGAUUAUAUAAAAAUGGUUGUUAUAAUUUUACAGUAGAUAAAAUUAAAAAUAAAAAGUUUUUAUCUAUGUGGUAGAUAUUACUAUAAUAUAAUUUUAUUCUUUUUAUGAGCCACGAAAACAAUUAAUUUUUAUUUAUUUCUUUUUUUUCUUUUUCUUUACACGUAUUAUCACGUGUA